CAACGCCGCUCCGCUCCGCCCGCCGGAGCACCCGCGGCUCCGCGCUGCGCGGGACUCUUCGGCGACGCGGCACGAUGGCCGCGCGCUGCUUCUUCUCGGGCGCAGGAUCCGCCUCUCGUCUCCCGGUGCGCUCCGAAAACGGGGCGAUGGAAGCAGGAGACCUGAGCACGAGAAAUCAACUGGACUAGGACAGUGAGAAAGUAUGCAUAGAGCUGAACAAGACACCUCUUGUGUGUAUUUCCAUUUAUAGUUUGUUGGGACUGAUAUGUGGAUCAGAAUUGCCUCCAAGUGUUUCCCUCGCAUUUGAUCACCCAAUAUACACGUCCUGUUCCUGUACCAUUUUUCCUUUUAUUUGCAAUGGGUCCUCGCACACCUGGUAGUUCUUCAAAUCGAAGACGUUGUCAAAACACCUCACCAGAAAAACCCAGCUCCAUAAAUUUCUGCAAUCCACAAUUUCCACAGAACGUAUUUUCCCAACCACCAUAUGCAAUGAAUUUCCCUUUCCCACCAUUUCCUCACUAUACUCCGUACUCACCAAAUUUCCAAUAUGCUGUUCCACCACAAUAUGCUCCAUAUUCAUUACCGCCACCUUCUGGAGCUAUGCCAUCACCAUACUUACCUGAUCCAGUCAUGCCAUCAAAGGCAGCAUCUGAUCAAGGCACCCCCCAUUCAGUAACUGGUCCAGUAGAACAAGAUGGAGAACCUGAGAGGACUUCUGGCCGACUAACAUGGACAAAAGAUGAGGACAUAAGAUUGAUAAACGCUUGGUUGAUUCAUUUCAAGACUGACAAGUACUGGGAAAAGGUUACAGCAGAAUACAACAGUACAACCCCUGUAUCUCGGAAAAGGGAACUGCAGCAUUUGAAGGGCCACUGGCACAAGACAAUGAAGAAGGUGGCACACUUCAAUGAUUGUUGGUGCCGGGUCAAGGCAAAAUAUCAUAGUGGCCAGUCUGAGGGCAUGCAACUGAUGGACAAAACUUGGCUGAUGUAUAACAAGGAAGCACAUGUGAUGUAUCUGGAAGAGGCAAAGCAUAAUUUUUCCUUUGAACACUGCUGGCAAGCUCUUAGCGACCAACCCAAGUUGAAAGAAUACAUCUCUUCUUUAUUCACAAAAAGAACAAUGCGGUCUGAGUCUGGGGAUUACAUGUCUUCUUCUGAAGACUCUGAAGAUGUGCCUGGAAAAGAAAUAGAUAAACAAGUAACAUCUAAGGAAGGUAAACUUAAGGGGUCAACUUCAUCAUCAGAGGUGCAAGACAAAUGCUUGGUUGGUUCCUUUUACAUGCUCACCAAGAACAAUGAGGAUAUGACAGAAAUCCAGCCUUCUGUCUCACACCAUAAGCUUGCGUUGGGCAAUUUAAAACAGCCAGACACAGCAGACAAGGACACAGGAAUUCCCAUCAACAAAUCAAAACUAUUGAUUGCUGAUGCUUCAUGCCCCACUGAAAUUCAUGUUGGGAAGCAGGAACCGAAACCUGACACUUCAAAAUUGAACGAACAUCGGCAGGGGAUGGCAGUGAGGGAUGAUAUGCUUGAAAAAGAAUCAUGGCCUCAAGGCUUUGAGAUUAUAGACAAUCAGAGAGUGCAAAGGGAAGAACUUCCCAAAAAAGAAUCACAUGCUCAAGGUUUCAAGCCGCGAAAAGUCAGUCGGAAACGGAAAGGCAAGGCAUCGUCUUCCUCGUGCGAGGUGCAAGCGGACAUCAAGCAUGCCUUAUAUCUUCAGACCAUGCUUAAAAAUGAUCGUGAAAAGAUGUCAGAGGUACAGCUCCGCCUCUCGAAAGAGCAGCUUGAAUUGGCCAGACUUAAGCAGGAGGAAGCAAAGGAGAAGAAAGAAACGACACUUUACAAGAAGUACACAGAGCUGUUGCUGGCGGACACUUCAAGGUUUGAUGAGUUUCAGAAGGCAGAGUAUGAGAGAGCUGUGAGGCAUAUAGGAGAGAUGCUAUUUGGCAAGGAUAGCAAUUAGUGGCCUUGCUUCACUUUGUCUUAGGCAUUUCUGUGCAAAUAUCAUCUCUAGCACUUAGUAAUAGAUCAUUCUGGUCGACCUGCUCAAGUGAAGGAUUGGCUUCGUUAACACCACUGGCUGUUAGAUUAAAUCAUCACUUGCAAGUUUACCUUAGGCUUUACUUUUGGGCUUACACUUGCUGAUUGCCACUUUGUGACACUUGCUAAUUGGAUCCUGUAAGUGAUGGAUCAAUAUGUAUUUUGCUUUAAGUGGCUACUCUAAUCUGUAGGUUGCGAGGAAUGCUCAUUCUGUUAGCAGAAAACUCCAUUAUGCUGACCUGAUCUAUGCUAACAAGAACAGUAAAGACUUAACAGUGAUGAAAUAUUUCUAUGGAAAUCAUUGAUGGCAAGAGGAUGCAGACGUGGCCGUGAGGGCAAAUUCUCUUGUCGGCAGGUUUUAUGGGGAUGUGGUCUUCCUUCAAUUCAAUCAUCAGCUCAAAUUUUGAUUGAACUUAUGUUUCAGUAUGUAGACUCAUCGGAACAAAAGCAAGAAUUCCUGCAGUUACUUUAUUUCAGAUAUUAAAUUUUGAAUGGUGGCCUGAUCAUCUUCUGUAGUUCUAUCCCGUUGCAUCCCAAGCAAAAAAUAAUAAUGGUUCCAUCCCUAGAAGAGAUAAUUGAUUUAAGUUUCAAACCAAGCCAUGCUCAUCAGAGCAAGAGGCUUCCUUCGUGUACCUAUUUUCAAAAAACAAUA